AUGAAGUUCCAGAGCCUCUAUGUUGCCGUGGUCGCGGCCAUUGCUGGCACCACCAUUGCUGCCCCGACGCCCGGUAACGCCGCAGUUGAUGGCCACGCGUUGCGCAGCAAGUUGACUGUUGAAGAGCGUGACGAUUCCGGCAGCAACACUGCCGACAAUUACUCUACUCGUCCAGCCUGGUCUGUCGAUAGAAAACGAGACAAUUCCGACAGCAACUCUGCGGACAAUUACUCUACUCGUCCUGCCUGGUCAGUUGACAGAAAACGAGACGAAUCCGGCAGCGACUCUGCAGACAACUACUCUACUCGCCCUGCCUGGUCUGUCGAUAGAAAGCGGGACGAGUCCGGCAGCAACGGUGCCGACAAUUACUCUACUCGUUCCAAGUAG